AAAAGAUGCUUUUCCUGCUCCUGAUCUCACCAGUCCUUGGACAGACUAAUCUGGAGUAUAAUACAGGGCAGGAGAGAUAUUCAGAAUAUGAUAAUACUAUAUACAAUCCUCAAACCAGUCACAAGUAUUUUGAGGACCCGUAUGGAAAUGAGCCAGAGUAUUUUGAAGACUAUUCCCAGAUGACCUGGAACAAUAUUCAACAAAAAGCUACCGAGGUUGAUUGGGUUGACAUGACAACAAGAACUCUAGCUCUGGAGGGAGUUGAUUUCGAUUUCAUCUUCAACAGACUCGUAUCUCCAAGAGGUCUGAUCACUCAGUAUGCACUUUCAUUAGAAUUAGAAAUUUUUCAGAAUAUAGGAUGGAUUUUGUCAGGCAUGAUUUGGAAUUUUGCUCUAACCGUAACAGAGGGUCAACUUCAAGCUGAUAUUGCGUCUUUAAGCUUCAUAUACAGCCCUCAAGCACUUGCCUUGACCAUGAUACGAUCUCUAUGGAACCGCCUGCUUGAGAUUGUGGCUCGUAUCACCGCUGCUAUUAUUGUGUUCAGUGCCCCAGAAACGUUUUCCCAAAUCAGUGAAGUGACACCGGUAGACAUAGGAGACUUCUUAUUCAAUCCCCAGCUGACAAUUCUGAGCCUGGGUAGAGGUGUCACCAUUGUAUUCUGGUUGACCCUAUUCGCCAUCCCGACCUACUUCUUCUCCGCUGAUGUGUGGCCGGUCAUACGACCUCCAGCACCUGUACCUACCAACACUACUGCAGCAGGAAGAAGCGGAAAGGAUUCCUGUCCUGAUUUCUUCCAUCAUCCGGCAUCUGAGUAUAUUCUCAGUGAAGAAGACUUUUGUGAGUCAGAGAGCUUCAGGGAGUUCAACGCCAAGGGUGGUGUAGAGCUUUUGUUUGAAGACAUAAUUACUAAGAUUAUAGAGACAAUUCCAGAUAAUCUCUCCUACACUUCUCAACCCACAGAAUAAUAACGUCGUCUACUCAGGGACUUUCUAGAUAAACAGAUAAUGUCCUCCAAUGAGCCCACUGUGCAUGUUUUCUUUAAAGUUGCGGCCGUGUGAAUUUCGAAUGGCAUGUAUGCCUUUAUUCAUGAAGUCUAUUCUAAUUUAUCAAUGAAUGUAUUUUCUCCCCCAGACAAUGAAGAUUGGAGAUUUCAUCAUAAUUUUUCAAACUGGCAGUUUUCAAGGCGACACACACACAAGCGGACAAAGUUACAAAUGUUACAAAUUUUUAAGCAACAAUUUCCCAAAUGGCAAUUCCGGAUAAAUACUUCAACCUUCUUAAAAACCUCAGCAUAUAUCGUCUACUCAUGGAAUUACUUUUCUCUAUAAUAACAGAUAUUGUCCUACGAUGAGCCCGCUGUGCAUUUCCUUUAAUAAAGUUGCGGUAUUACGCAUUUUCGAUUGGCCUUCAUCAACUUGUUAGACGACUGGUAUGCAUCAGUUACAUAAAUGUAUUCUAAUCUGUUCAUGCAUUUGUUUACUGCACAAAUAAUCUUAACAAUUUUCUAAACGACAAUUUUCCCAAAUGACAAUUUAAAGCGACAACUUUUCAUGAGGUAAUUUCCCAUACAUAAUUUCUUAAAGUGAAAAUUUCACAAAAAGGCAAUUUUCCUAUUGACAAAUUCCAUGUGGACAAUUCUUCUAUUUGGACAAAUUCAUAAUGAGAAUUUACCAAGCAAAAAUGUUCCAAACUGACAAUUUCAGAAGUUGACCUUUUCAGACAUAUAAUCAAAGGAUUUGACUUCUGAACAGACACAUAACCAAAGUUGUGACCUCUCAUCAGACAUAUAAUAAAAAGUUUGAACCCCUGAACAGACAUAAAAUUAAAAAUAUAUCCAGAAUGAUGUGUAAUAGACCAAAUUCAUAUGAACUAAAUCAAACUAUUAUGACUGAUAGAAACUUUUUAUAGAAUCUAAAUUCUUGACAUGAAACCAAACUAAUUUUAGACCAAGAUAUAU